UCAAUAUUGUUUUAAUUUUCGUAUUGGUUUUAAAAACUUGACAGUAUUAUGGGUGUAGUAUGCAAAUAUUGUGAAAAAUUAUUUUUUAGUCAAUCAAAUAUCAACAAACAUAUAAAAAAUGUACACAAGUUAAAAGCCUCUGCAGUUUCUUAUGAUAAUGCAGUUUGGAAUAGUAAAUGCAUGGAGAGCGCCUGUAAUUCCUCAUUUCAACGAAAUGAAGAUUUAGUAAUUCAUCUUAGAACAGAACACAAUAUGUUAUUUGAAACUGAAGAUCUUUUUUUUACAAGUAAAAAAGAAUUUGCAGAAUGGAAAACCUCAAUGGAAGAGCAAUACCAGUGCAAUUAUGUUAUUUCAGCAAAAAGGAAUAAGGGUGAAAAUACUGAAAUUAUUUAUUAUAAAUGCAACCGAAGCAAUAUUAACAAGGUAACAAUUAAAGAGCAUCGACAAAGAAAUUUAAAAAGUCAGGGUACUUGUAAAUUAAACUUUACAUGUACCAGCCAAAUUAAAGUUGUAUAUAAGUCAAAUAAAUGUAGUAUACAUUGGAUUAAAACACAUUAUAACCAUAAAGCGGAGUUAGAGCAUAUUAGACUUUCAAGCAGAAUGAAAAAUGAAAUUGCUGCAAAGCUAGUUAGUGGUUUAUCUGAUCAAAGGUAAAAAAAUUGUUAGGAUGAAUUUGAAUUGAAUAAUUGAAUUUAAUUUUAUUUAUAUAGGGUCUUGGAAAUAAAUCGAGAUAAGAUUGGAGAAUAUCUCAAACGUAUUGACCUAUUAACUUCUAAAGAUGUGGACAACAUUAAAGUCAAGUAUAAUAUAGAAGCCAAAUAUGGGAAGAGGCAUCCAAAUGACGCGCUUUCGGUAGAUCUCUGGGUAAGGGAAUGUCCUGAAAGAUUCUGAAGAUUUUAGAAAAAUGGACUUUUGUUUAAUUAUAAUGAAUUCUUUUCAAGAAUUAAUGCUUAAAAAAUUUGGUAACAAUGUCAUUGCAGUUGAUAGCACACAUGGUUUAAAUAACUAUGAUUUUGAAAUGUCUACUGUAAUGAUUAUUGAUGAUUUUGGGGAAGGUGUGCCGGUUGCUUUCAUGUUCUCGAACAGAAAAGACACUUAUGUGUAUCAUGUCUUUUUUAAAACUAUUAUGACAAGGGUUGGUAAAAUAAAUGCUGGAACAUUCAUGUCCGAUUUAGCAGAGUCUCUUUAUAAAGCCUGGUGUAGUAUAAUGGGACAAGUAAGAUAUCAUUUGUUCUGCUUAUGGCAUGUUGAUACAGCAUGGCAAACAAAUUGAGCAAAAUUAGGUUUAAGGAUAAACGAUCAGAAAUAUAUCAGAUAUUGAAAGUACUGCAAUCAGAAAUAGAUGAGGUAGAAUUUGAGAAAAAAUUGGUUUCGGCAAUAAAUAUUAUGUUGGAUGAUGAUGAUACAAAAAUCUUUGGAUCUUACUUUCAGUUAAAUUAUUUAAAAAACACUAAACAGUGGGCAUAUUGCUUUAGAAAAUCAACAGGAAAUAACACAAAUAUGAGACUUGAAUCUAUGCAUAAAGUAAUCAAGUAUUUCUAUUUAAAUCAUAAAAAAAUUAAAAGGCUUGAUAAAGGGUUACAUGCAGUUUUGCGGUAUAUUAAAAAUAAAAAUGUGGAGAGAAUUAUAAAGUUGACUAAGGGAAAAAAUACUAUUUACAAUAGGGACAUUUUUAAAAGACAUAAACUAGCACUUCAAAGUACUUUUAACUACACUGUUAACAAUAAUUAUGUUUGGGAACUUUCCAGUAAUAAGGGCCAAAAAUAUCUGAUUUUAAAACAUUCAAACUUAAGUUGUUGCAAAUUAACUUGUUCUUUUUGCAAAAUAUGCGUACAUAUGUACUCCUGUGAUUGUAUAGAUUUUUCUGGAAAACUGACUAUAUGUAAGCAUAUCCAUUUUAUUAGAAACUUUGUUGAUUGCAUCCAGUCAGAUGACAAUGAAAGUAAAAUAAGUAAUAACAAUAGUUUGUCUUCAGAUUUCUAUUUUAAAAAUGUGGAUUAUGUAGAUGAAAGAGACAUUACUGCUAAAUUAGUAAGUGCAGUGAAUAAUAUUGAUUUGGAAGCAAGCAUUAAUAAUACCUUUAUUAAAUUACAAAAUGUAAAUUUAAACAAUUUAGAUGAUAAUAUUGCUUCAAAGAUUCACAGCCACUUAAAUACUAUACAGGGUUUAAUUGAGUUAAGUAACAGCAACCCUGAAUUAGAAACUUUUCAAAGCAAGGGUAACACUUUUGAGGCGUCAAAUAAGAAUAUUGAGCACCAAUUGCGAUUUUGUUCCACCAAAAAAAAAAGAAAACCAACAUCAAACAACAAAAAACCCGAUAAAGAACAGGUUGAGCAUAUUAAAAACGUUUUAAAUUGUAAACCUGAAUUGUUUAUAUCUACAAAUUGUAUUAAUGAUCAUUUGUACUUGUAAGUUAAUAUGCAAUAAAUGUA